AUGCGCCCCCUGAGGUCUCCGCGCUCAGGCUCCAUGUCCCCGGUUCUGUUCCCUGUGCACACUGAUCCUCUGUCAGCUGGGGGGCUCUGUCAGGUCUCCCAGAGGGCACCUCUGUCCGCUCUUCUGGAAUACGGGGACAAGCACGGCGGGACACCCCAGGCACUAUGUGGAUUAGCGCAGGCCGAGCCCCAGCCCCUAUUCCGGGCCAUCAGGAUAUUGAUGCUCCUGCUCAGAGCCUGGGGCCACUGUGGCUCCCCUGGGCUGCCCCCAGGAGGGCUCCGUCCAACUGGUCGGGAUUCUCUGGACCCUGAAGUUGGACUCCGGGCUCAGAUCCAGCCUCUUGACCCGACCCUGCGCCUAGCAUCUCUGUCUCCAGAGGUGGGUCACAACAGGGGCCUCCUGGCCGUGGAACCAGGCACAGCACUGGCAUGUGACAGCUCCAAACGCUGGCUUCUGUCCUGGCUGGCUCGGCCCUGCUCUGCACCAGCCCAGCAGCCCAUCAGGCUUGGGCUGCAGCCGAGCGGCCGGCCUGGCGCUGCGGAGGGAGCGCAGGCAGCAGGGGAGGCAGCGGCGCCGCCAGCCCCGCGCCCCUCCCUGCCCGCCGCCCCGCGCGCUCCCCCCAUCGAGGUUGAGCUGCUGGGACGCGCAGCGGCGGGACAGACAGCGACCCGCGGGACGGCGGAAGGACGCGCGGACCGAGGCGCAGGGUCUGGCCCGCCCGCCGAGGAGUCACCAGCCCAGGGCCCCCGCCAGUGCCCAGCUCUGCUGGGAGCCCCAGCCAGCACCACGGACGGCACCCAGGAAGCCCGAGUCCCCCUGGACGGGGCCUUCUGGAUUCCGAGGCCCCCGGCAGGUUCGCCCAAGGGCUGCUUUGCCUGUGUGUCCAAACCCCCUGCCCUGCAGGCUCCAGCGGUCCCCGCCCCUGAGCCCUCGGCCUCGCCCCCCAUGGCGCCCACUCUGUUCCCCAUGGAGUCCAAGAGCAGCAAGACGGACAGCGUGCGGGCCGCCGGCGCCCCCCAGGCCUGCAAGCACCUAGCAGAGAAGAAGACGAUGACGAACCCCACGACGGUCAUCGAGGUCUACCCAGACACCACCGAGGUGAAUGACUACUACCUGUGGUCCAUCUUCAACUUCGUCUACCUCAACUUCUGCUGCCUGGGCUUCAUCGCCCUGGCCUACUCCCUCAAAGUUCGGGACAAGAAGCUUCUCAAUGACCUGAACGGAGCGGUGGAAGAUGCCAAGACAGCCCGGCUGUUCAACAUCACCAGCUCCGCCCUGGCGGCCUCCUGCCUCAUCCUAGUCUUCAUCUUCCUGCGGUACCCGCUUACCGACUACUGAGGCCCCGACACGCACCGCCGGCUGUGGAGACACAGCGCUGAGACCGGUUCAUUUUCAUAAUGGACACGAGGCUGGAUGCCGCGCGGUUGGGGGAGAGCAGGGCAUCUGCCCUGGGGGCCCCCUGAGGCUGUGAACUGGGCACGAGGACAUCAGAAGCUCCGUACAGUAAGGGGGCAGUGAGCUUCGUGCUGGCCCACCCCUCUGCCUCCUGGCCCUCUGCCUGGCCUGUUUCUGGGGUGCAUGGGUUUCUUCCUGUGCUGCUGCACCCCAGCUUCCAGUGGCUGCCCUCCCUACCCUCCUGUGCCCCCGCCCACGCUCCUGGCGCCCCUCAGACCUCACCCCCAGCAAGAGGGGCUUCUGUGGGAGCUUCCCAGGAUGGGCCGGCUGCCAGCAUCUGGGGACUCACUCUGUCCUCCCCGACCCUGCCUCCUCCAUGCUGUGACCCUGCUCAGAGCUCUUGUGUCUGUGAACUUUCAAUAAAAUACCUGUCUAGCU